GAGAGAAAAUAAAUAAUAGGAAGCCCAUCCAAAAACUCAAACCCAAACCCAAAGGAAGAAGAGAGAGGCCAUCGGAGUCAACAAUCGUAACCCUAGCGAGUUCUGAAGGCCUUAAUGGGGAAGAAGAAGAAGAGGGUUGCGUCCAAGGUGUGGUGCUACUACUGCGAUAGAGAGUUCGACGACGAGAAGAUAUUGGUUCAGCACCAGAAGGCGAAGCACUUCAAGUGCCAUGUCUGCCAUAAGAAGCUCUCUACUGCCAGUGGUAUGGCAAUUCACGUCCUCCAGGUCCAUAAGGAGAGCGUCACCAAGGUUCCCAAUGCAAAAUCGGGGAGAGAAUCAACAGAAAUUGAAAUCUAUGGGAUGCAAGGAAUUCCCGAUGACAUCUUGGCUGCACAUUAUGGCGAAGAAGAUGAGGAUGCUCCAUCAAAAGUGGCGAAAGGGGAUAUUUUAUCAACACCGUUGGGUCCAAUGGUGCCUGGAUCUAUGAGCAUUGCAUAUCCUCCUCAACCUGCUUUAGGGGCAAUGCCACCAAUGUACAACUCUUCAGUGCCAGUGCCUCCUAAUGCUUGGCCUAUUCCUCGUCUCCAGCAUUGGUAUCCACAUUCUACAGCGGUUUCAAUUCCUCAGUCUGCUCCAUUGGGGGGGUAUGCUCAGCAACCAUUGUUUCCAGUACAGAAUGUGAGGCCUCCUAUGCCGUCAUCUGUACCACCUGCACUCCAGCCCGUGCAGAUGAAUCCUGGACUGCCCACAUCAGCUCCUCCUAUUCCUGUAUCACAGCCCUUAUUUCCUGUUGGUGGUAAUAACAAUGUACCUACUCAAAAUGUGGCAUUUUCUACUUCAGUGCUUUCAACUAGCAUCCCUCCGAGUUCAACAGUAGAUGAUAGAGCCUCAUUAGAUGCCCAUUCAGGUGUUCAGUUGAUCAAUUCACACUCAUAUGCCUCGGGUCCAAAUACUGGUGGUCCUUCAAUUGGACCUCCUCCCGUCAUUACAAAUAAAACCCCUGCGACCCAGCCAGCCACUAAUGAGGUCUAUUUGGUUUGGGAUGAUGAAGCUAUGUCUAUGGAGGAAAGAAGAAUGUCUUUAAGCCAGUAUCAGGUGCAUGAUGAAACUAGCCAGAUGAGCUCAAUUGAUGCAGCCAUUGAUAGAAGGAUAUCAGAAAGCAGGCUUGCAGGUAGAAUGGCAUUUUAGAUCAGUGAGGCUUCAAUUGAUGCAUACGUUUGGCAUUUUUGGGGACUCGUGGGUUCGACCAUUACAUUAUCAAAGUUCAUUAAAGAGCAAGCCAGGUGACUGCCACUAAGCCUAAAAUUAAGCAAGUCAUACAUUCCUGCUGUACUUUUUUGGCAAGAGUGAAUUGGAGGGCGGCUAACUUAUUUAAUUCAAAAUUUAUGUAUUACUUCGACCUUUUAACUUUGUAGGUUAUGUAGUCCAUUUUCUUGGUUUCAUCCAUCAAGAUUACAUUUGGGUUAGGCUUUUCAAUCUCAUAAAUUCAAAUUUUAUGCAAUUUUUCAUUGAUAUAAAUAUAUAUUAACCAAA